UAAAAUGUGAGUUUGGACGAUAAUUGGUGGAGCCCGAAUUCACAUCUUGUUCUCUAUGAGGAUUUAAACAAUAUGUCAUGUAUGUAUAUAUGUGUCUGUGUGUCUACCCCCCCCCCCUCUUUUUUUUUUUAACAACACAAAGCAGGGUGUGUGUGUGUGUGUGUGUGAUAACAUACACACACACACACACACACAGAGUCACGUGAUUUCCAGUAUUUAUAUUAUUUGUGUGUGUUUGAGCUCUCACUGUUUUUCUUCUCAGACUGAAGAUGAGUGGUUAUGAGGAGGAAGAGGACAGAGCAGAGUCUCCAGGGUUCAGCUGUCUGUCUCUGAAGAGUGACUGGUCCAUGGGACGUCUUCCUCCAGUCUUCAGUAAAGAACCUGGACCCUCACACACAGAGGAGAGGAAGAGGAGUCAUGUUUCUGAGGAGGAGCAGUCGUCCUGCUGUGCUUCGUGUCAGGACGUCCUGAAGGAUCUAGUCUCCACCAGCUGUGGACACUGGUUCUGCAGACAGUGCAUCACCUCAUACUGGGACCAGUCUGGUUCUUCAGGAGACUCCUUGUGUCCCCAGUGUGGACAAAGAUCCAGAAGAGGAGCUGGAGCAGAUCGUGGUCUGCAGGAGGUUUCAGAUGAACAUAAGUUCAGUCUGAGGAGGAGAUGUGAACAUGUGACUGAAGGAAGUGAUGAAACAGGAAGUAGAACCCUCCUCAACAGGAUCUACACUGAGCUCCACAUCACAGAGGGACAGAGUGAAGAGGUUAAUACUCAACAUGAGGUGAGGCAGCUUGAGACGGCUUCCAAGAAGAAGAUCCUCCAGGACACUCCCAUCAAGGUCCACGACAUCUUUAAAGCCUCCACUGACCAGCAGAGCAGCAUCAGAGUCGUCCUGACCAACGGAGUCGCUGGCGUUGGAAAAACCUUCUCGGUGCAGAAGUUCACUCUGGACUGGGCAGAGGGUUUAGAGAACCAGGAUGUGGGUCUGCUGGCUGUGCUUUCGUUCAGGGAGCUGAACCUGGUGAAGGACCAGCAGCACAGUCUUCUCACGCUGCUCCAUGUUUUCCAUCCAGAGUUACAGAAGCUCACGGCAGAGACGCUCGCUGUCUGUAAACCUUUGUUCAUCUUUGACGGCCUGGAUGAAAGCAGACCUUCUCUGGACUUCAACCACAGGGAGCUUGUGUCUGAGGUCACACAGAGGUCAUCAGUCAACGUGCUGCUGACAAACCUCAUCCGGGGGAAUCUGCUUCCCUCGGCUCUCGUCUGGAUAACCUCCAGACCUGCGGCGGCCAAUCAGAUCCCUCCUGCAUGUGUUGACAGGGUCACAGAAGUACGAGGCUUCACUGACGCCCAGAAGGAGGAGUACUUCAGGAGGAGAUUCAGUGAUGAAGAGCUGUGCAGCAGAAUCAUAUCACACAUCAAGACGUCCAGGAGCCUCCACAUCAUGUGUCAAAUCCCAGUCUUCUGCUGGAUCAGUGCUACAGUUCUGGAGCACAUGUUGACCACAGACCAGAGAGGAGAGCUGCCCAAGACCCUGACUGACCUGUACUCACACUUCCUGAUGGUUCAGACAAAGAGGAAGAACAACAAGUACGGUGAGGGACAUGAGACGACUCCACAGCAGCUGACGGAGGCUGACAGGGACGUUCUCCUGAAGCUGGGGAGGCUGGCACUUAAACAUCUGGAGGAAGGAAACAUCAUGUUCUACCAAGAAGACCUGGAGCGGUGUGGUCUUAAUGUCACAGAGGCCUCGGUGUACUCAGGAGUUUGUACUGAGAUCUUCAGAAGAGAGUGUGUGAUCUUCCAGAAAUCAGUCUACUGCUUUGUUCAUCUGAGCAUUCAGGAGUUUCUGGCUGCAGUCUACAUGUUCCACUGUUACACACACACUGAAGAACUCAACAACUUCUUGGGAACAUAUGGGGACACAGACAGAACCUUCUCCCUGGAUGACCUCCUGAAGAGAACCAUGAAGAAAUCCCUCACCAGUACAAAUGGUCACCUGGACCUGUUUGUUCGCUUCCUUCACGGCCUCAGUCUGGAGUCCAACCAGAGAGUCUUAGGAGGCCUGCUGGGUCGGACAGGGAACAAUCCAGAGAUCAUCCAGAGAGUCAUCAACAACCUGAAGGAGAUGAAGAGUGAUGACAUUUCUCCUGACAGAAGCAUCAACAUCUUCCACUGUCUGACUGAGAUGAACGACCACUCAGUUCAUCAGCAGAUGAAACAGUUCCUGACGUCAGAGAACAGAUCAAAGGAGAAACUCUCUGAGAUCCACUGCUCAGCUCUGGCCUACAUGCUGCAGAUGUCAGAGGAGGUUCUGGAUGAGUUGAACCUGAAGAAGUUCAACACAUCAUACCAGGGUCGACGGAGACUGAUCCCAGCUGUGAGGAACUGCAGGAAGGCUCAACUCCAUGGUUGUGAACUCUCAGAGACUCACUGUGAAGUCGUGGCCUCAGCUCUGAAGUCAGACCCCUCACAUCUGAGAGAACUGGAUCUGAGGAACAACAAGCUGCAGAAUUCAGGAGUGAAGCUGCUGUGUUCUGGACUGGAGAGUCCAAACUGUCGACUGGAGGCUCUGAGGUUGGAGUUCUGCAGACUGUCAGAGAUCAGCUGUUCUUCUCUGGCUUCAGCUCUGAGGUUAAACCCCUCUCAUCUGAGAGAACUGGAUCUGAGUAACAACGACCUGCAGGACUCAGGAGUGAAGGAGCUGUGUGGUUUUCUACAGAGUCCAACCUGUCGACUGGAGACUCUGAGAUUGUGGAGCUGCAGUCUGACAAAGAUCAGCUGUUCUUCUCUGGCUUCAGCUCUGAGGUCAAACCCCUCUCAUCUGAGAGAACUGGAUCUGAGAUACAACAACAACCUGCAGGACUCAGGAGUGAAGGAGCUGUGUGGUUUUCUACAGAGUUCAACCUGUCGACUGGAGACUCUGAGGUUGUGGGACUGCAGUCUGUCAGAGAUCAGCUGUUCUUCUCUGGCUUCAGCUCUGAGGUCAAACCCCUCUCAUCUGAGAGAACUGGAUCUGAGACACAACUACCUGCAGGACUCAGGAGUGAAGGAUCUGCUUGAUCUACAGCAGAGUCCAACCUGUCGACUGGAGACUCUGAGGUGGGAGGGGUCUGUGUGGAGGUGAGUGUGAAGAGGACAGUGUGUGUGGACGGAGGCUGAGCUGUGUCCUGAGGAUCCAGAGGCUGAAGCAGCAGCAGCUUGUGUGUAGAGCGGCUCUGACUGGACCUUGUUGCUGGGAGGCAGAGUGGAGACAGAGCUCCAGAGGAAUCAGAGGAGGUGGUUGUAAUAUGUAACUUCACCACUAGAUGGACCUCCACACCGAUUGUGUUUAUUCACAUGAAGAAUGUGUUUAUUGAAAUGACACAACACAAGCAGAAUAUAUAAACCCUCUAUAAAGAGUCACAUAUAUGUGUUUAAGUUUCCUUUAUUCUGUUCCACCUUUGUCCCUCAGUGUGUCUCCAUGUGUGUAGAACCACAUUCUGUUUGUUUAUGAUCUUAAAGUUCCUGGAUUCACGUCACAAAUUGAUUUAUUUCAACACAAAGUUCAACACAAUCAAAUCACUUUGAGUUUAAAAUCAGAGUUUUGUCUUUGACACAAAAGAUCAAAACUCUGGACUUAAAAAUGGGACGUUUUCAUUUCUGCAUCAGUUGCAGAGCGGUGGUGGCUUUUCUACUUUUGACCCACAGGUGGCGCUGCAGUAUAACAGCAGCACAUCCCAGUCAAAGCCUUUAUAUUCAGUCUAUGAGUCAAACACAUGGAUCAUUUCCUCUGUGACAAACCAGAUGUAACGAGAAGAAAAACAUGUCAGAGAGAAAAGUUCUGUUUCUACUUGUCUCUGCUUUAAUACUCAAUAAACAUCCUUCCACCGAC